CUUCGCAGAUCCUGUCAGAUUUGAGUGUGUCUGGGAUGUGACACGUAUCAAAGAGGGGAUCCAUUGUGUUCACACUGUCCGGAUUCUGGGCAUUAGUCAGUGAAGAUGGAUUGUGAGAACGGAAAGAGUGGAAGACUUUCCCCGAAUUCCAUCAUCGUGAAGGUGGAAGGGUCGAAGUGCAAGACUGUAGAGAAGCAAAAUUCUGUCUGCUCAAAUGGCUCCAUGAGGAAAUCCAAGCAAGAUCAUGCAGAACAAAGGUUCUCGGUGUCUUCUGACAGUGAUUCUCUCAUCGUGGGAUCGCGGGACAAAUCUGCUCUCUGUUACCAACUCCUCCAAGAGAACUUUCGGCUCGUCCUGGUCACGAUCGUCCUCUGUUUACUCGGGAUCGGCUUGGUAGCGGCCGGAAUCAUCGUCGAGGCGAUGGGGCUGGAUGUCGUCCGAGGGUUGGCAUUCUUCAUCGCCGGUGGGCUCUGCCUCAUCCCUGGUCUCUAUCACUUGGUCUACAUCUGUUGUGCUGUGUGUGGGUGCAAGGGCUAUGACCUCUACAAUCUCCCCAUCUUCACCUGAAUCCCUGCACCUUUCCUUUGCAUCCCCCUAGGCCUAAGCGCGUUCGGAACCCCACGACGGAUCACGGACCCCUCUGCCGUCCGGCAUCGCGACGCGACGGGCAUCGUCCGUGCUCCGUCGUGGACGCGUGCCUGUCGUUUGCCGCUCAAAUAUGACCGGAUAGUCCAUAUUCAAAGCUAUAUCAUCUAUACUCUGGGAAUGUCUUCUCUGUGAUACUCGUUUACCCGAUGCUCCCUCCGACUCGGUUACCGUCAGGAUCCGCUUCGUGUGCCCUGCUUCCAGUCGUCUCCCAGUUCAGUAUUUGACCGGAGGUAUCUAGUCAGACCUCGUGUAGCUCCCGGCACCGUUUCCGAACAAUGAGUGUUCCAGGAUGUAAUCUAGUGUGCCUUCUUCGGUGUCCUCUCCCGCACACUCGUGUGGAGAGAGUGGCAUUCCUAGCUUCUGGCAACGUCUAGGUCGCAGACGAGAACUUUGAGGAGGGUAUUUGCUACUUAAGAGUGUGUUUAUUGUCACAAAGAUGAUCUUGACCUGUUUCAAGCAAACAAUCUCAUGUCACAUUGUACAAAAUAAGCUCUUUUCCAUUUCUAUCUGCAUUCCAGGCCCUUAAUGCAUGUACAUGUUUCUGUAUCUUGCAACUGCAUCCAUCCAAACAGUUGGUCUAGGAAUGCUUUCCGACACCAUUCCUAAACUGUCGACGAGCUCCAUUAUGUUGCCAUGCAUGUGUCCAUGUUAGAUACUGGUGCCAAUCAAUGUCCUACUCUCCAGAUCGUCUUUAUAAAUCACUUUACACUGGGUUUAAAGUGUUCAAGUUUUCAUUAUCCGGGGGACUUGGAUGAGCUUUAGAAUGUUUGUGAUUUUCUUGUCAGUGCUUUAUUUAUAUUCCCUAUGCUUUUUUUUCUGCAAGUUUUAUUUUUUGCUAAUACAUUCAAUUUGUUUGAAUGGAAUUCAUGGUUAAGGAUGUAUACUGGCCUCAUGUUCUCUACUGUCUAAGAAAGAAAAGAGUUGAAAAGUCAGCCCUUUUGAGAUGGUCUGGUCGGACUCGGCACGAUUGCAGCCGGCUGUCACCGAUGCAGAAUGAUUUUUAGAGAUGGAAUAAACUUGCAAUUCAGAACAUGAAA